AUGGCUCAAUGGCUGAACACCACUUCACCACAAACAAUUACCCAUGUUGAUGUGCUCAUUCUUCCGCUCAAUGCAAGGCAGUAUGAGAACAUGGGCUACAGCCUCGGCCAAUUGGGCGAGCAACACUUAUCCGAUCAGCUCUUACUUGGUAUUACUAAUGUGGAUGACCCGGGCAACAUCGACUUUUUUUCUUGGAUAGAUGAAACUCGGCUUGAAUCCGAUGUCUCACUGGAGGACCCAUCCAGGGAGCAGAUGUCCUCUGCGACAGAUCAGAAUCUCUCACUUCAUUCGAGCAGUAUUCACAGUCAGCAAGAACGCAGCUAUCGUACCGAGCCACUCGACUACCCACGAAUACCAACGGAGGCUCACAGUGCCCAAGAAUAUAACCGUUACGAUUAUCAAACUCCCUGCUACGUAGAUUUUGAAGAGACAAACAAAGUUACCGUAGCCACUACGGCCGCUCCUCCCCGAUUACCGAAAUCCCCACCCGGGCUGCUUGUGCCGCCAGAAAGACCGUUUACUCCGUCCUCUGCUUGGAUUCCAGUUUAUUUACCGAACGCACCAAAUCAGUACUAUGGAGGUCUAAUGUAUACCUAUGAUACAGUUCAUCACUACUUGCAACAUCCCCACGCACUCCUAUAUUGGUCGACUGGUUUGCUUGUUCAAGCUGACGAAACCCCAGGUUUCUCUAUCGAGCCAUCUCAGAUGCAUCUCAACGACUUAACAAAUAUAUCGGAUGUUAGAUUGGAGCCCCGGAACCAUAAUAUUAGUACGAAGCAGUCACAAACUGGAUUUAAUUCCUCCAGUAUGGUUGAGCAUCUUCCUCAGCCUCAUCCUAGCCAUCCUAUUGGUCGCGACUAUCCCUACUACUCCUUACACGGCGGCACUCAGGAGAACGAUGCCUCCCGCCUCGCUCCUUCCCGGGUGUUCGGGCAUUUGGGCCAACUAUCACCGUCCAAACCACCAGAAGAACAACUUGGGCCGGCCUGCGCGUCAUACACUUACUAUUUACAAGACGCUUGUCUAUUCGAAGAUUUCUCUCCGUGUAGCUACACAGUUGACUCGCUUUGGAGCGAGUAUGAUACAGCAGCCCUUGACGAAACUACCGCCAUCCCUCAACUAUUGAAUAAUACCAUAUUUACUCUAGCUGGAAUUGAUCUACACUUACUGAGCUGCGAUGAAACAGAGCGUACAUCCGUGUCCGGGUCACAGUCCGACAACGGGGGUAAUGUUUCUCAGCUUCCAGAUCUACCUUAA